CGUUUACAUUGAUUGACUGACCUUCUGCGCGAUCCGCGGCAUGUUGGAGUAAAAUAUUGAUUUUUCUUUGCAGAGACAACUAGCAUGUAUCGUGUUUAUGUGGGAAACCUUGAUCAAGCCGUGGAUGAAGGAACGCUGAGGGGCUUGUUCGAGGAGAACGGUAUCGCGAUAGGGACGAUUCUAAAGAAGAAAAACUACGCUUUUGUUGACUGUGCAGACCAGUCUAACGUUGAACGAGCUAUAAGUCAGUUGAAUGAUUAUAACCUUCUUGGGUCCGUCAUGCAGGUAGAACAAUCCACAUCUAGAAGAAGGUACCCUGACGAAAAGAAUAAUAAAAUUCAGAUCCAGAACCUGCCCGUUCACAUCAAGAGAGACGAAGUAGAGGCCCUGGUGUCUGGUCUGGGCAAUCUACUAAGGUGUGAACAAGGAGCUGAAGGACUUGUGUAUGUAACAUUUGAGACACACGAACAGGCACAGCAGGCAGUAUCAUCCCUAAAUUGUUUAGAAUACCAAGGAAUGGGUCUAAAGGUGGAGUUGGCAGGAGGAGGAGGAGCGGGCCACAGAGGAGAGGGAAAUAAUCGACUUCGUAGAGGGGGGCCCAGAAUGAAUAAUCAGAACCCAGGAAUGAACCGUCAAGAACUCCCUCUUAGAAUACUGGUAGGAAGUGAGUAUGUUGGAGCCAUCAUUGGAAAACAAGGGCAGACAAUUCACAACAUUACCUCAGAAAGCCGUGCUAGAGUUGACAUUCAUAGGCGAGAUGGUUUAUCAACUGACACACUGGUUACAAUUAAAGGAAGCCCAGAAAACUGUUCUAAAGCUUGCAAAGAAAUAAUGAAAAUCGUGGAAACUGAAGCACAGUCCCUAAACAAGGGUGAGCCACCAUUGAAGAUCCUUUGCCCUAACAGCCUUUGUGGUAGAAUCAUUGGAAAACAGGGAAACGUCAUCAAGAGUUUUAUGGAGCAAACGGGUACACACAUUGUUGUUUCGAGUGCGACAGACAUGAACAACUUUUUCGUGGAUCGUGUGAUUACCAUUACUGGAAGUCCAGAAAAUGCAUCUAAAGCAGAGGCUUUGGUAUCCGAGAAAAUGAGGAAAUGUUUUGAACAAGAUGCUCAAAACUAUAAUACACAGAUGGGCAUGUUUGGUGGUAUGCCUCCGAUGCCCAACAUGAUGCCCCCAUACAACUACCAAAGAGGACCAUCGUAUCCCCCAUACCAGAUGCAGGGUGAUGGGUUCUACUACAAUCAAGGUCCACCCCAGCAGGAACUUGAAGUGACUUUCUUAUAUAUCCCAGAGAAUACUGUGGGAGCUUGUAUAGGCAGCAAGGGAUCCAAUAUUAAAGAGAUCAUGAGAUUAUCUGGUGCUAGAAUUAAGAUUGAAAAUCCUCAGCUCCUUCCUGGAAAGAAUGGUGAGAUGAACGGUGAGAGGAAAGGCCCCUCCCCACCAAUGGAGGAGAGAAAAGUCAUCAUCACCGGAACUGCCGAGGCCCAGUGGAAGGCCCAGUUUUAUAUAUUUGACAAGAUUAAGACUGAAGGAGGGUUUCAGAGAAUAGAGGAAGUCCACCUAAGGUCAGAGGUCAUGGUCCCUAGGAGUAUGAUUGGACGAAUUAUUGGGAAAGGAGGACAAAAUGUUCGGGAAAUGCAGAGAGUAAGUGGUGCAAUAGUGAAAGUUCCUGACCAGAAUUCACAGAGCCACCAAGAGGGCGAUAUGGAGGUGGCAGUUUCUAUUAUUGGACAUUUCUAUGCUAUGCAGCCAGCCAUUAGAAGAAUUAGGUCACUGGUAAAUCCCCGUCCCCCACAGGGUCCUGGACUUAUGCCUGGCCAACAAAGAAGAUUACAACCAAGGCCACAGCACAAUGGGAAGUAAAUGUUCCAAGUCGGUUGUGUGUUCAUGGAAGGGAUUGGGGACAGUUCAAUUAUAGGUGUUCAACAUUAAGGAUGAAUGCUAUGUUUUAUGAAGUAGGAAAGUAUGAUGGGUUUGUUUUGAAUUCAUCAUUGAGAGAUAUUUUCGACAUUUCCAAGUUGCCAAAGAAUUUUUAGUUUGCAUUGGAAAUUAGUUACUGGCAAUAAUAAAAAAAAUGGAAGCAAAAAUAUUGGUUUUUGAGGGGGAGGGGUAGGAAAUCUAUAUUUUUUUUUAAAAAUGUAAGAUAUAUUUUUACAAAAGGGCAUUACCUGCACGUAUAAUUUAUGAGAUUUAAUGCAUAUAGAAGUGCUUGACUUGAAAUGAUUGAUGACAUCUAGGGAGUAGAGGUAUGUUUUUAAUGGUUGGGUAGGAUGGCUUGCCUUUUGUUGCAUGCCUGGGGUAGGAACAAAUGUUUAUUAGGCCAGUAUUGAUUUUUUUUAGUAUUGGCCAUUUUUUUUUUUUUUGUAAUAAAUUUAUUUUUGAUACUUGUUGACAGAAUUUUUUGUUAGAAUUUUUAUGACCUGUUGAAGGACAAACUUUUUUUAUUGUCCAUUAUAUUGAAUAAAAAAAAGAAUGAAAAAAGAAUAUCUUUAUUUCCAGCUAGACAUUCUAUUCAACACUACAUACAUGUACAUUAAUGUGCAACUUCAAACCAAACAGGUCUUAAAACUGACAAAGAAUUGUAUAUCUAAGCACUACACACUGCACACUUGAAAUGUCUAAAAUACCGCAUAACAAAUCAAACUGUUACUAAGAAUAGUGAAUUCAACUAAUCCUGCCUUUGAAACUGUAAUGGUUGAUUUGUAUGUAAUUGAAUUUAUGAAUGCCAUGUUUAAACAAGUGUGAAAUUGACUGAAUUUACAAAAACAUGAGAAACGACAACCUUGAGGGCAUUCAGCAUAAUGUAAAUGUUGGAAAGGAGUUUUAUGAUGAAAUGUACAAAAAAAAUUCCUAGCUAAUAUUUCUGCCAGAUGGGAAUUUCUAUGUAAUAUGCACUAUUUCCAAAACAAAAUGAAAAUUGUUAUUUUCAGUGCUUUGAAAGAGUGUCAUAUACCCAUCUAACUUUGGAUGGAAAUGUAAAAUAUGAUGAAAAAAAAAGUCUUGUUGUUUGUUAAGUAUCCUUUGAAUGUAGUUUCAAUUUAUAAUGUUAUUCUGCAAGUUACAAACAGUUGUAUUUCAAUUAGUUGAUUGAUGGAGUUGAAAACUUUUCCAAUUUUUAUGCUUCAGAUGUUCAUUUUUAUUUUUCUGCUCAGUAGAGUACUUAAAAGUUUCACAAGGCUUAAGUGCAAACAAAAAAGGUCAAGUCUUUGAUCUCGUUGAAAAGGAGAAAUGGGAGAAUAUAUAUACCAUCAAAUCUCAUUAUCUCAAACUUAAUAGGCUGAGAGGAAAAAAAUCAAGAUACGCAUGAAUUCAUUAAAAUACAUAGAGAAAAAGUUGUUACAACGGACACAUCCAUGGUAUUUGAGAUAUUGAUGUUUGAGAUACUGAAGUUCAAAUGUAUAUAUAUUUACAGAAAAAAAUUGAAAAAAAUAUCUACCUCAGUAUGCUAAAAGGGUUGUUAUGUCAAAGACCUGACCUUUUACAAGCCUUAAAUAAUUUAUGAAUUUGUAAAUUAAAAAAAAAAAAAGUCUUGAUAUCAUGCAUUGUCUGUAUCUUACAUUGUUUAGAGGUUUUGAAACAUGAUGUUACUUUUUCAUGAAAUGAAAUGUGGUUUCUCUUCUACAUGUAUGACCGAUAUAUCUAUAAAUAGUCUUUGAUAAGCUGAGUAUUCUUAGAUACUCGGAAUACCUCUGACUUUUUCUAUCACAGUAUCUCCCCGUAGCUUAUGUACAGGAUCUUGUAUUAUUAGUGUAUUGCCUUGUCUUCCUAGCAAUUACUGUAUACAUGAUCAUGCUGAUCUUUCAAAGUUUUACAAGCUUAAAGAAAAAGCUUCAUAUCUUUAAAGGCGCUGAUCAAUGCAAAACAUGGUUGCUAUGGAGACAUGACCCCAGAUGUAGCAAUACUUCAGUGUUUUCCCCAUUUUGAAUAUUUUGAUUGUUUCCUUGUAUUAACAAACCAUAACUGUGUACAGAUUUUAUUGUAUUAGGGAUGACUGCCGAACAGCAGAAAUUCACCAAAGCUCUGUCAGAUGUUAUCUAACUGUGAAAAAGGGAGGCUUGGAUCAAAUGGACUCUGAAAACAAACUGAUUAAACUGAAAUCCAAGUCUGCCCUCUGGUCUCAAUAGAGAAUUAAUUGGUUAAUGUGGCUACAUGGAAACACACGAUUUUGUCUGAAACACAUGUACCAUGAUAAAAAAUUGAGCUUUGUUUAAAACAUCACAGAGAUAAGGAAAAUCCUAUUUGACUUGCAGCCAAUUUUCAGUAAAUCGUGUUUGACUUGUAAGCCAUUUUCAAUAACAAUACAGACCCUACAGUUUCUGUUAGCCGACUGUACAUUACUGUAUAUGAUGUGUUCUAUUGUUUACUAUACCAAUACAGUUGCCAGCUCUCGUGUUCUCAAAUGAUGUUACAGUCAGCCAGUUCGCAAUAUUGUCUCCCAUUUCUUACGGAAAUAAAAUUAUUCUAGUUCAUUGAA